GCUUUGGGGUUGGAACCCAACAGGAUAACGAGGGGCGGAGCUAGAAUGUCCUUGCUCCCGUUCUUCCGGUGCUGCUCUAGCCUCCCCGUUGCUGAUUCCGGCAUCUUGGUGGCCUGUUCUGCGGGUGAAAGUCACUUUGAGGAAGCCGCUGCUUCGUCAGCCUCAUUGCGAUUUUUUCCAGGCCUCCCCAUCUCCAGGGGUGAGGAAGGUUGGAGACCAGUGGAUGCAGUGGCAGCAAGAGGAGGAGGCCGGGUUCCUUCGGGAGAAAAUGUCUGAAUCAGUAAGAAGCAAGAUAGAGAACUACAAAACAGCUCCAUUUGACAGUAGGUUCCCCAAUCAAAAUCAAACACGGGACUGCUGGCAGAACUACCUUGAUUUCUAUCGCUGUGAGAAAGCUAUGAAUGCCAAAGGCUCUGAUCCCUAUGUCUGUCAGUGGUAUAAAAAAGUAUACUCAUCCCUGUGCCCUUCUUUUUGGGUUGACAACUGGGAUGAACUUCGGGAAAAUGGCGCUUUUCCAGACAAAAUCUGAUGGUCUUUUGUCUGCCAGUAUCUUCCCCUACUCAGGAUGUUGCACUGCUGAGUCCUUUCUGUGUGUUCCUCUGAAGGAUUGUCUGAAAUGGCUCUUGUCUGCUUGAGCAUCUGAAUCAUUUAAUAGUACAAAAUCUUGGAUAUUACCCAUUCUAAUAAAAUGCAUAAUACCCAUGCCUGUGUUUAUCCUGCUAACUCCGUUAAUGAUUCAUGAAUGUGUU